AAGGCAACGGUGGGGAUCGCGCGGGCGCCAGCAAAGCCAGGCCCCAGUCCAACUCAGGCGCACGACCGAGCGCUACCGUCAACUGUCAAACGUCACUCUUACUUUCAAUCGACGCGAGUUCAGUGUGUGACAUGAAAAAGUGACUUUAGUGACACAUAAUGCUACUGUGUGCUUUACUUUGGAUCGCUCUCCUAACGCCGGCGCGUACACAAGCCGAGCGACUGUGCGGGCACCCAGCUGUCCCUGCCAACGCCCGAGUGUCCCUGUCUGCGGACCCCAUCGUCCCAGGGACGCUCGCCACAUACGAGUGUGAUGAUGGAUAUGAACUCUUCGGCGCACAUGAGAGAGAGUGCACUUUGAGGGGAGACUGGACUGCUGAACCUCCCUUUUGUGGUACAAACGUAGCUUUCCGCAAGCCAGCCAACCAGUCCACCACAGUGCGUGGUGGCGCCGCAGCCAAUGGCAAUGAUGGCGAGAAGACCACAGAACACGAUGGCAAGAGGUGCACAGAAACUCAGCGCGAGGCUUCCCCGUGGUGGCAGGUGGAUCUCCUCAGACACUACGCCGUCAAAGUAGUCCGAGUCACCACUAGAGGCUGUUGUGGUCACCAGCCUCUUCAAGACCUGGAGAUCCGAGUGGGAAACAGCAGCACAGACUUACAGAGGAACCCGCUGUGUGCCUGGUUCCCAGGCACAAUAGAUGAAGGAGUGACGAAGACCUUUACUUGCGCAAGACCCUUGAUUGGACAGCACGUAUUCCUGCAACUGGUGGGGGUGGAGGGCUCGCUAUCCCUGUGCGAAGUCGAGGUCUUCACGACCGAAGAAUUCUCGAACGACCGUUGCGCACCGGCUGGGGCCCCGGCGGACAUCGAACUGGCUGCCUUCUCUCGGAACUGCUAUGAGUUCAACGUAGCCAAGGGUGGUUCCUUUGAAGAGGCGAGGAAGCAGUGCCAAUCCCAUGGGGGUGACCUGAUCCAUGGCUUUCAGGGAGCAACAUCGAGCUUCUUGAUCCAAGAGCUGGAGCGCCGCAAGUCCAAGCUGAAGACUCAACUAGUCUGGAUCGGGGCCCAGAAGGAGCCCGGCCUCACCUCCAGGACUUGGAAAUGGGUGGAUGGCGAAGUGGUGACCAAACCUACUUGGGGCAAGGACCAGCCGAACAACUACAACGGCGAACAGAACUGCGUGAUGCUGGACGGAGGCCGAGCCUGGCUGUGGAAUGACGUGGGCUGCAACCUCGAUUACCUGCACUGGAUCUGCCAGUACCUGCCUCCGUCGUGUGGAAGUCCGGACAAGCUACUGAACACAACAAUUGAAGGGAACGACUACAAAGUCGGUGCCACCAUUCACUACCGGUGCCCGGAGGGUCACAUGCUGUUGGGAGACAAGACCAGGGAGUGCCAGGAAGUCGGCUUCUGGUCUGGAUCAGCACCGAGCUGUAAAUACGUUGACUGCGGUGGUCUGCCGCCAAUCCAAGAUGGCGAAGUGUCUUUAGUGGACGGUAGAACGACCCACGGCGCUAAAGCGGUAUACAACUGUCGCGAGAACUACACACUCGUGGGCGAAGCGGAGCGGCAGUGCGGAGACGGAGGCGUGUGGAGCGGAGAGGCGCCGAAGUGCCUGUUCGACUGGUGCCCGGAGCCCCCGCCAGUGGCCGGCGCUGUAGUCACCAUCAGCGGACACAAAGCUGGCUCUCUCGCUACGUACACUUGCCAAAAUGGAUUCAUACUAUUUGGACCCCCGAGCGUAACCUGCACCCUAGGCGGCGUCUGGUCGGGUGUGCCGGCGUCGUGCAAGUACGUCGACUGCGGCACUCCCGCGCAGCUUCACAAGGGUUCCUUCCGCCUGCUCAAUGGAACCACCACAUACGGCUCGGUCGCGCAGUUCGCGUGUGAACAGGACUACUGGCUGGCCGGGGCAGAGUCCUUGACGUGCAACAGGGAUGGGAAGUGGUCGCAUGAUAUACCGUCUUGUGAACUGAUAACCUGCCCCGACCCCGAAGUGCCCUCCGGCGGGUACAUGGAAGCUUACGACUACAACGUCCACUCCAGCAUCGACUUCCACUGCGAGAAGGGCCACAAGCUGGUCGGCGAGCAGAGCCUGGUGUGCCAGCAGGACGGCGAAUGGUCCGGGGAGUCGCCCAAGUGUGAAUACGUGGACUGCGGGAAACUGCCGCCUCUGCCUUACGGUGCUUCAGAGCUGCUGAAUGGCACAACGCACCUGGGCAGCGUGAUUCAGUACUCCUGCACCACAAACUACCGUCUGGUGGGGCCCGUGCGCCGCGUCUGUACUGCCGACUACCAGUGGAGCGACUCAUCUCCUAGAUGUGAAGAAAUCCGUUGCCCCGACCCAGUGGUGCCUGAGAACAGUAUCGUCUCUGUCACCGGCAACGACCGCAUGCACGGGCGAACGCUCAUCAGGACAUCAGUCAGCGUGACUUCUGGCAACACCUACCGUAUCGGAGCCCUUGUCAAGUACCGAUGCGAGCGAGGAUACAAGGUGGUCGGCGAGAGCUUGUCGACGUGCGAGGAUAAUGGACAGUGGAGCGGCACCACGCCAAGAUGUCAAUAUGUGGACUGCGGCAACCCUGGACGCAUCGACAACGGCAAGGUGACGCUGGCAACCAACGCGACGUACUACGGCGCGGCCGCGCUGUACGAGUGCGAGGAGCACUGGCAGCUUAACGGCGUGUCUCGUCGUCUCUGCCAGGACAACGGCACCUGGAGCUCGGAGGCACCCAUGUGCAAAGAAAUCACAUGCCCCGAUCCGUCGAUCCAGAUCAAGGGCAGCACGGGUCUGGUGGUGGCCACUUCAACCCUCAGCAUCGGCGGCGAGGCGCACUACCGCUGCGAACGCGGGUACAGCCUCAAGGGCAACCAGACCAGGGAGUGCCUGCCGAAGGGACAGUGGAGGGGCGCUCCGCCUGUGUGCAUACCGAUAGACUGCAAGGCGCCCGGCCAGAUCGAGAACGGCCGUAUCAUAAUAUCCAACAGCUCCACCUUAUUCGGGAGCUCCAUCGAGUACCACUGCUUGCCGCAGUUCCAACGCGUCGGUCCUUUCCUGAGGAAGUGCAUGGACGACGGCAAGUGGUCCGGGGAAGAACCGAGCUGUGAGCUGGCCACCAACGAGGCGGCUGAGAACGGAACUCUUCCGUUGAGCGUGGGCGUCGGCUGCGGAGUUGUAUUGUUCCUACUAAUGCUGCUGGGAGUCAUAUACUUGAGGCUCCGAAAAGCGACUCCAGUGAAAAACACAGAGAAUAUCGAAGGCGCAGAAAGAAAAGAGGACCAAAACGCAGCAGUGAUGAGCUACGCGACGCUUCACGACACAAACGGACGCCAUAUUUACGAUCACGUCUCAGAUAAUGUAUACGACUCACCGUACAGCGAAAGAAUCGCCGAUAACGUAGCCUAUGGAAGGCGAAGCGACACAGAUUCCGCUUACGAACCCGAACCAACUGGACCUAAUGCCGUUGUCACCAUUAACGGCGUUGCGGUCCGUUGAUCAACCUUCAAACGAAACAAUUGAAAACUGCACAGCUCGACACGCGUUGAGCUAUCCGGCUCAAAGGACCAUAGUUAAAACAAACAUGGGUAACCAACUGAAUCGAUUCUAUCGAUCGUAUUCGUGUCUAUAGUGUCAUAUAAAUCAGUCAAAAACUCUUAUUUGGUACAACUAUGUUCCUGUGAAGCUAAAUUGUAACAUCAAUUUUUUAUACUUAAAUACAAAAUUGUUUAUCACAAUGGUUACCAUUUUCCUUAGAGUUGAGUGUUCAAAAUGACGCAAUAGGUUAGGGAAUAGGUAAAUGUAGUGAUUUCAAAAGGAGUCGAGGGUUACAAAAAUGUUAUGUGUUCGCUGUAAUCACCAACCCUUACUAGGUAUUGAACCAAAGAUGUAAAUGAGUUGGAAUUGGUAUAAUAAUGAUAAAUAAAAUAGUUUUUAAUUGUGUUGUUAUAUUGCAAAUUUUUGUAUGUUAAACUGGCGAGCCAUCUGUAUAUUUAUUAAACAUGCCGUGUUGAAAAUUAUCUACUAAAUGUGCCUGUGAUACCUAAAACAAAGUUAAGUCAAAAAUUUGCAAUUUAACCAACACUUAGUUUAAUACUUUCUGUUCAAUUAAUAAAAUAGGAUAACACUCGAUUGUCCUGGCAACUAAACCUGUUUCUUUUUUCAGAAUUGAGUUACUGAAACUUCUAAUUUAUAUCAUUGUGUAUUUUAUAUGGAACCGAAAGUAUUAACGAGUAAAUUAGCAUAAUAAAAUAAGAUGAUAAAAUGUAUUUAUUGUUGUAUCGAUGUAGGGUAAGAGAAUAUAGGAUUUGAUGCCAAAAUAAUAUUGUAUUGCUUUUUAUAAAUAUAGUAUUAGGUUAAAGCUAUGGUAAUUACUUUAGAUUAAGGCCAAAUUUUUCAUUAUCCGGAAAGUUUUUUCCAGAGAUGUUGACGAUGACAUUAAAUACCUGUUUCAUUAAAAACUUCAGAUAAAACCAAACUAACUGGCGAUUGAAAAAUUUGCUCUUAUUAAAUUGUUCCUUUUUAUUAUGUUUUUAAACCAAUCCAAGACAGUGUCAUACAAAAAUAAACGUCUAAUACAAAAAGAUUCUCACUAAAUAUGAUUCUUAUAACUUGGGAUAUUUAUUUAAUUUUAUAGGGUUUUGGUGAGAUUACUAACAUUACAAGAGCCUUUGUUGGUAUAAUUUAGUCUUUUUUAAUGUAUGGUUUAUAUUUGGUUAUUACAUGCAUAACAAUGAAACAUUACCUUUUAUAUAUUUUACAAUUCUUUUAAGUGUUCAUGUAAAUAGAUAGAUAUAGUUAAAUUUAAAUUUAUAUUUAGUGAAUUUACGAAAUUUGCCUACCCGUCACUGCCUGAAAAAGUUGACCCAAUCGGGAUUCUAAUGUUACUUACAUUAUUUCAAUAUUGCGUUUUUAUUUCAGCUGUGAUAAAUUAUAUCUAUAAAACUGUUUACCGUAAUAUUAUCGGCACAACAAAACAUAGACCUAUAUUAAAUCUCUGUAGGUAGUGUAUAUUGGGCCACAGUUCCGUUUCAGUUCCAGCUACUCAUUUCCGUUUUUGUCUCGCUCUUAUCAAAUGGUGAUUCUUUGCGAGAGAACGGGUAGCUGAAACUGUAACCCAUAGUACCUACCAACAUAAAUCUGGGUAUAAACUAUGAAAUAUUUUUUAACAA